AUGGUGGAGGCGUCCCACGGCAAGUUGGCACCGGUGGAUCACUCCCAGCUGCGGUUUGCUUCGAUUGUCGGCUCCCACGCUAACCAGGCAGCGCGGGCGUUUGUUGCAGGGUUGGAGCACAAGGACCCUGCUGUUACCAUGGGGGGCAAGUUGUCACUGGACAAGCUGGCGAUGGUGGAUCCGCAGUGGCACAAGUGCAUCACCAAAGGACUAGAGUGGCUGGUCAUCAGUCAGGACGUCUGGCUUCAGUUCCCGGACUUUGCGCUUCUUGCCCAAACAGCCGGCAAUGCGGCCGGUCAAAUCGCCGCAGCAGAACAUGAAAUUCAACUGGCGAAAAAGGUCAACAUGGCCAUAGCUGGGUUUCUGCGCAGAACAGGGAAAGAGUCCGUUUGUUACGUUGACAUCUCGCAAGAGAUACUUCGAUCGAGGCCGCCGCAUGCAAACAGUGUGCCGGGGAUUUUCACCUUCGUCCUCAAGUUCGGGGGAGGCAUCCAGCUGGACUCCUUCAUGGCCAAGUCUGAGCACUACAUCGUCACCCACGGCCAUCCUACCAGAUCCAUUGGAGGCGAGAUAUGGGCUGCUCUUGCUAUGGACUGCAAGGGGAAAGAUCAACAUGUUGUUUUUCGGCAUAUGCUGCUGAAGCUCGCAUUUUGCGGGCACGAGCGGUGCCUCACUCAGGGCGACGUGAAACGAGCAUUGGGUGGAAAGGAACUAGCGACAAAGGUCGCACAAGCUGAAGCCUUGCGCUUGCAGCCUGCGUCAUCCAAGCCCUCCGCUUCGCAGGGAUCGUUCCUAGAAGCAUGUUAUGCACUCUUCAGGUUUGAGAUUGGAAAUCUUCUUAGAUGGGAUGGAGGUUUAGAUUCAUAG